AUGGCUUCUGGAUUCGGUCUCAAUGGCGGUCCGUCUCGCUGCUUCAGCUUCUGGCAGGAGGUCCUAGGUUGCUAUGUUGUCAAUGCCGGAGAGGGCGAAACAGGCAAGAAGAAGUGCAUGCCCGCUCUGGAGGACUACUACGAGUGUCUGCACCACAAGAAGGAGGCUCUGCGAACGAUGAGGAUGCAGGCUGCCUAUCGCAAGGCGGAAGCGGCACAUCCGCGUGAGAAUGCGCCCAAGGCAGAAGAAAUCCGCAGUCUGGGGCUGUUAGGGAAAGAAGAUGAGGCAGCAGCAUUUUUGGCAAAGUCCUAG